AUGUCCACUAAAAUUACUGGCAAACAACAGGUAGAAGAUCUGUUGAAUAAGUACGAUAACUUUCUCUUCGACUGUGACGGAGUUAUCUGGUUGGAUAAUGCACUUUUGCCAUAUGUCAUCGAGACGUUACAGAUGCUUCGAUCGCAUGGAAAGCAGUUGAUUUUUGUCACUAACAACUCGACAAAAUCUAGAGAUGACUACGUCGACAAGUUUGCUAAAUUCGGAUUGACCAUUUUGAAGAAGGAAGUGUUUGGUAGUGCAUACGCUUCGGCAAUCUAUGCUAAGAAUAUUAUUAAGCUUCCUACUGAGAAGAAAAUUUGGAUUAUGGGAGGCAAGGGACUCGAGGUUGAGUUUAACGAGGCCGGAUAUCAGACAUUAGGAGGUAGCAGUAUGCCUGAAUUGGAUAAGGAACUUGAUCUUAGUGAUUCGAACGAUCCUAUCAAUAAGAUCGAUCCUGCAGUGGGAGCCGUUGUAGUUGGAUUGGACACUCAUAUGAACUAUCACCGUCUCGCUGUUACUUUACAGUAUCUACGCAAUCCUGAAGUGGUGUACAUUGCCACAAAUAUAGAUGCCACUUAUCCUGCUAACGGAAUUAUCCUCCCGGGGGCUGGAUCUGUAGUUGACUCUGCUUCCAGUUGCUCGCAGAGAACACCUGUUUCGUGUGGAAAGCCUAGUAAGGGAAUGAUGGAUGCUAUUGUUGAAGCUCAUGGUAUCGAUAAAUCAAGGUCCAUCAUGGUUGGUGAUAGACUCAACACUGACAUGAAAUUUGGCUCUAGCAAUGGGUUAGAUACGCUAUUGGUGUUGACUGGCAUUGAGACGGAAGAGGCCAUGAGAGCUCUUGAUCAAAGUUCCCAGCCUACGUAUUAUGCUGCCAAAUUAGGCGAUCUUUUUGAGCUCCAUCAUUAA